AUGAAGAAAAGCAGAGGCCGGACAGGUCGAAAUAGAAGAAGAAAACACUUGCAGAGUUUUAAGGAUGGAGUCAACUGCAGUGACAAGCAGGAAUACAUUAAACUUCAGAAGUGGCUGAAAGACAGAGGGUUUGAAGACAGUAACUUAAGACCAGCAGAAUUCUGGGAUUCAGGAAGAGGACUGAUGACAACAAAAUCUCUUCAGGCAGGGGAUCUGAUUAUUUCAUUGCCUGAGAAAUGCUUGCUCACCACGGGCACUGUUCUUAGUAGCUGCAUAGGAGAACACAUUAUGAAAUGGAAGCCUCCUGUAUCUCCGUUGAUAGCGCUGUGCACAUUUUUAAUAGCAGAGAAGCAUGCUGGUGAGAAAUCUCAGUGGAAGCCGUAUCUUGAUGUUUUACCCAAGGCAUACACUUGCCCUGUUUGUUUGGAGCAUGAUGUAGUCAGCCUUCUUCCUGAACCUUUAAGAAAGAAGGCUCAGGAGCAGAGAGCGACGGUCCAUGAGUUGUACAUGUCUUCCAAGGCAUUUUUCUCUUCCCUGCAGUCUUUUUUUGCUGAGAACACGGGAACUGUUUUUAGCUACAGUGCUCUAGAGUGGGCUUGGUGCACUGUUAAUACCAGAACAAUAUACAUGAAACAUUCACAAAGGGAAUGCUUUUCUCUUGAGCCAGAUGUUUAUGCAUUGGCACCAUAUUUAGACUUGCUAAACCACAGUCCAAAUGUUCAGGUAAAUGCUGCAUUUAAUGAGCAGACAAGAAGCUAUGAAAUUCGGACAAAUUCACACUGCAAAAAAUAUGAAGAAGUAUUUAUCUGCUAUGGGCCUCAUGAUAAUCAGCGACUACUUCUAGAAUAUGGAUUUGUUGCCAUGGAUAACCCUCACAGCAGUGUUUAUGUCUCAUCAGAUACUCUCCUCAAAUAUUUUUCACCACUGGACAAGCAAAGAAAUGCAAAACUUUGCAUUCUAAAGGAUCAUGAUUUCUUAGAGAAUCUGACCUUUGGAUGGGAUGGACCAUCUUGGAGACUUCUUACAGCCCUCAAGGUGUUAAGUCUUGGAGCAGAUGAAUUUACUUGCUGGAGGAGGACGCUGCUUGGUGACGUAAUUUCAGCAAGAAAUGAAGAGCAGACUUUGAGUACCACAGCAAAAAUAUGCCAUUUUUUAAUAGAGGAGACACAGCAUGUCCUUCUCCAGAUUUCCCAGUUGAAAAGGAACAAAGAGAACCUCAAAAAGCACCUGGAUUUGGUAGAAGCACUACGCUUGGAAGAGCUGAAGAUACUACAAAAAUCGGCUGAGACUCUUUGCAACUUGGAUGUGGCAACAGCUUGACCUGUCUGGAGCU